AUGAAAAGUGACGGGGAGCUACUGAGCCCGUGUCGAUGCGACGGAUCGGUGAAGUGCACGCACCAGCCAUGCCUCAUCAAGUGGAUCAGCGAGCGGGGCUGCUGGAGCUGCGAGCUGUGUUACUACAAGUAUCACGUCAUUGCCAUAAGCACAAAGAACCCCCUGCAGUGGCAGGCCAUCUCUCUGACCGUCAUCGAGAAGGUUCAGAUAGCGGCGGCCAUCCUGGGGUCCCUCUUCCUCAUCGCCAGUAUCUCGUGGCUCAUCUGGUCGACCUUCAGUCCUUCCGCCAAGUGGCAGCGCCAGGACCUGCUCUUCCAGAUCUGCUAUGGGAUGUAUGGCUUCAUGGACAUUGUCUGUAUAGGUCUAAUAAUCCAUGAAGGGCCCUCAGUUUACCGGAUUUUUAAACGGUGGCAGGCGGUAAAUCAGCAGUGGAAAGUGCUGAACUAUGACAAAACAAAGGACAUGGAGGAACAAAAAACAGGGACCAGGACAAACCAACGACCCUCUUCCCAAACCAACCAUUCGUCCUCCACCGGUGGUGCAGCCAGCAACUCCACUCCCGCCGACAACGGGGCUCGGGGCACCGGCCAUGCCACGGGCACCCUCUCUGACCACCACUGUGCUUAUACCAUCCUGCAUAUACUCAGCCACCUGAGGCCUCACGAACAGAGGAGCCAAUCUAGCACUAACAGGGAGCUCGUCAUGAGGGUUACGACGGUCUGAGCUAAGAUUUCAGGAGGCCUUAACACGAAGCAGAGGAGACAAGGAACCCUACCGCAGAGGAGCAUGGUGUGCCUUUUUCUUUCUUUUUUUCUUUUUUCCUUUCUUUCUGUUUUCUUUUUUGUAGCUGCACAAGGCGUAUACACGACACGUGGCCAACUGAGGAGGGAGGAGGAGGGAGAGGCAGAGCCGCGCACCCAUGCUGAAGAGGUUCAUUUUUUUUCCAGCCAGUAAAUAUUAAAACACGAGAAAAAAAAACAAAAAACCAACCAACAAAACAAGUGCAAUACAGACUAAAAACUGAGGAGGCAGAGGUUUGGGGGGACACAGAGGAACAGCUGGUAUUAGCAUGUCUUACAAGUUUUAUUACCUGGGAUGGGUAACGUUCGUUUUCUACAUACAUCCACACACGCACGCACGCGCGCACGCCCCGCACGCAGUGGGAUGACGGCAACCGGAGGGAGUGAAGGAAGCAAAGUAUUUUGGAGUAUUUGUCAAACCAGGGGACCCAGGGAUGGGAGUCGUUGUAUUUCCUACAUCGUUCUGGAGCCCUGUACUGUUUGUGAUGGGAUAUUUCCAAUGAAAUGGCUUGGGAUUUUCAGUAUUGAUUUAAAAAAGAGAGAGAGAGAGAGAGAGAGAGAGAGAGAAAGGCAAUUCCUUCCAAAUUUCACCAAAACCACCCCCCUGAUUUCACAGUUUCCCACCAAAGGAGGCUCUGGGGUGGGGGGCCUGGGAGGGGAGUUGUGUGACUGACCUUUGGAUGUUUUGGGUGAAUGUUGUACAGAAAUGUUCGGCGGGCGUUUUCAAGCACAAGUCCUGGUGUGAUUUAUGCUUUCAUGACCCCAAACUGAGCGCCCAACCUUUCUCACUCAUGGAAACCAUCUUCCAUGCCGACUUCCAGGUUACCUUCCUCCCGUUGCCCCCGGCUGAACGCGUAGGGCCAGGCCCAGCCCCUCAGGGUUUCUCCUGCGCCAGCGAUUCAUCCACUCAUCAGACACGUAUUGUUUUUUCGGGUGUGUGUAUCCCCACAUCAGAGUCUCUCUUGGUCCUCUAGGUUAAGCCCUCAGUCUCUGGUUUGUUAGCUCAUCGUCUAGUCUAUGCCAUUCAGUCAUUCAGCAGAGACUUUAGUCUUCAGAGGGAGCACAGUCCCUACCUUACUUUAUUACACUUUUAAUAAGUGUCCUUCUCGUAGGACUUCUCCGUGGAGGUGCCAGUUGCUCUUCAAGAACGCUCUCUUUCAAUGCACAACGGCUGAAUCCUUUGUGGGUAUUAAAGGGACACUGUCAAGUACUUUUUAAAUAGUUUUUAGGGUUUUUUUAUUACUCUCCAUUGUUUGUAAUAUUCUCUUUAAAAGCUUGAAAAUAAAAUUUCUUUCCCUACUGAUUUUGUCCUUUUCCAUUUGACAUACGCUCUUCUCCCCGCUUCCCCCACCUCCGCUCAUGCCACUCCCUUCCACCUCUCUCCCUCCUCCUCCUCCCCCUUCCUCCCCUCGUACUGUAACCGGGUGUCAAACGUGGCCGCACACGGUUUACGUCCUUUCCACGUGCCCUGGCAUCCCUGAAGACGCGUGCCCCAGCCCCGAGGAGCAGAGCUGUCUUGUUACCCUCUCAUCAGCGGACCAACAACCAGUACCAAUAUCGGGCAUUAACUAGGUCUGGAGGAAUGGCAGUCACAAUUUCAGCCCCCAAGUCUGGCCGCUGGCCACCCAGAGCCAAAUUGGAAGCGCCUAAAUCACAUUGGCUUGAUUUUUCAGACGGGCUGAGCUGCAGGUUUUGUGCUACCAGUCUUCGCCGUAAGAUUGGUAGCACACCUCUCACAGCGUCCGCUGGAGGCUCAGCACCUCUGGAAAGCAGGCAGAGCUGAAUUGGGCCCUGCCCGUGGAUUCCCAUUGCCUCAUUUAUGGCACCCAGACUUGAACCUGCCAGCCCUCCAGUGAUGUAGAGCACCGACGAGAGUGGUGUUUUACGGGAGGUCCCGUUUUAGGCCUCGAUUACUUGACAGUGUCCCUUUGAAUACCAAACUACACCAAAACAGGGGUUAUGGCAGAUGAGGAGUGAGACGAGG